CUGCUGAGUUGCGAGUCUCUCCUUUCCGUGCAUUUCCACUCUUUCUCUCUCCUCCGUUUUUCCGCGUCUCCUUCCCUAGGACCGUAUACCCUAUCCUGAAAGGGGAUCAGGAAGAAGCAACGCCGGCACACUCCCGUGGCAACGAUGACAUGGCAGCACCCGAGCGGUGGCUAUAGAGAGUAACCCUGAGUCAUUAUUUUAUCUUUACUCAUCUAAUUGACCUGAAGAAUCCGCAUGCAUAUGUACACCCGUCUACAAUAAAUCUGUAUUUGCGUUUGCCUUCGUCCACAUUUAAAUCAUGCAUUGGCGAUCUUAGACGAAAAUUACAUUACAUUGCAUUUUACAGCUCUUAAAGAGCUAUGAAAACCAAUCCUUACGCUCUGAAAGACAAAAACACGUGACUCUACCUGGGUUUGAAAACACCUGGAAAACGCGGCUGAAGGGGCAGCGUACAUAAGGAGGAAAAGACGAGAGAUGGGAGAUUAGAGGGAAAAACGCCACCGAGCGAUUAUUAUUACUGACAUGUAAGGAAUUUAUGAUCCGAUGGACACAAACCAUCCGAAGCAGGUAAGAGGACUCGUGUGGGAAAGGAGCUCCUCCCUCCUCAACAUCGACCAAUAAGACCUCUGCGCCCGGACGCCGAGAGGCAGGAAGUCUAGGCCAUGUAUCAGGAAGUGGCCUUUCUUGCCGGCAGUGCGGAGCGCCAGUUCUCCACCUUCCACGUGAACGCCCUGGAGAACGUGCACGAGAUAACCACCAACAAAGGCGUCUUCUACAAGAGAGCCAGCUUGCUGAGGCAGAAAGAGGAUGCGUACCACUCGGAGGAGGGCUAUGCGGGUGCCGCCAUCAUCAACGUGGGCGGGAUCAAGUACCGCAUCCCCUGGACCACCCUGGAGGAAUUCCCACUCACUCGGCUGGGCAAGCUGAGGAGCUGCAACAACCACGAGGAGAUCAUGGACGUGUGUGACGACUAUGACAUCAGCUGCAACGAGUUCUUCUUCGACCGCAACCCGAGUGCCUUCCGCGCCAUCGUCACCUUCCUGGCGGCGGGCAAACUACGGCUCCUGCGGGAGGUCUGCGCCCUCUCCUUCCAGGAGGAGCUGCUGUACUGGGGGGUGGAGGAGACCAGCCUGGAGUGGUGCUGCCUGCGCAAGCUCCGCCAAAAGCAGGAGGAGGAACGGGAGGCCCAACGGCAGGAUGGCGGACAGGCUACCCCGCCCAGUGAGGAGGCCGCACCCUGUCCCCAGGUGGACGAGGGCCGUGUGGCGGACUGCAUGCGUAGGCUGAGGGACAUGGUGGAGAACCCGCACUCUGGGCUGCCGGGGAAGAUCUUCGCCUGCCUUUCGGUCGUCUUCGUGGUCAUCACGGCGGUCACGCUCUGCAUAAGCACCAUGCCCGACCUGCGGGCCCAGGAGGAGAGGGGUGAGUGCUCCCAGCGCUGCCACAACAUCUUCGUGCUGGAGACAGUGUGCGUGGCCUGGUUCUCCUUGGAGUUCCUGCUGCGCUUCAUCCAGACGCAGAGGAAGUGCCUUUUCUUGCGGACGCCGCUCAACAUCAUCGACGUGGUGGCCAUCUUGCCCUACUACAUCACGCUCAUCGUGGACUCGCUGUCGGCAGGCGAGAGGCCCGCCGGCUCGGGGAACAACUACCUAGAGAAGGUGGGCCUAGUGCUGCGGGUGCUGCGGGCCCUGCGCAUCUUUUACGUCAUGCGACUGGCGCGUCACUCGCUGGGCCUGCAGACACUGGGCCUGACGGUGCGCCGCUGCACCCGCGAGUUCGGCCUGCUGCUGCUCUUCCUCUGUGUGGCCAUGGCGCUUUUCUCGCCGCUGGUCUUCUUGGCGGAGAGCGAGAUGGGCGCCAAGCAGGAGUUCACCAGCAUCCCGGGCAGCUAUUGGUGGGCCGUCAUCUCCAUGACGACGGUGGGCUACGGGGACAUGGUGCCGCGCAGCAUCCCCGGCCAGGUGGUGGCGCUGAGCAGCAUCCUGAGCGGGAUCCUGCUCAUGGCCUUCCCCGUCACCUCCAUCUUCCAUACGUUCUCACGCUCCUACCUGGAGCUGAAGGAGGAGCAGAGCAGGGCAUCCCGGCAGAAACCGGACUCCCAUGACAGCAGCAAGUCGCAGAACAGCGAGGACUCGCAGGAGACGGACAGCUCCUUCCCCUCCGUGGUGGAGACCGCCACGCACAGGAGGUCCACAGUCACGCCGGCUCGGAGAGCUGCGGAAAACAGGAAGGCGUCAAAUGCCUAACAAAUGCCCUCCUGUGGCCGGCCAUGGACGUGCUCAGGGGAUAUCAGACAGCCUGGGGGUUCAAAAAUGAGGUGAAGGAAGAACUGGUACCACCAUGCCCAAGGUUGCAUUGGCUGCUCCGUAUAGACAACUGUUAGAAGCUGUUGUUGGGUUGAUUGUUUAUUUUUUUUUUUUUUUAAAAGAAUUUUAAUCCUCUUUACAAAACUCAGCUUGAAACUCAACCCAUAAUGUAAAAACAAAAGUUUUACUAAAAAGUUGUACAAUAUUCUGCAAUAAUAAGCUAAUGUAUAUAAAUGAAGCAUUUAUACCUGCUGAAUGAUUUAGAUGCAGUAGACUCAGGAUUCGCUCAUUUUACAAAAUGUCAUUGCUCUGUCUUUUUAAGUCAUACUGUGUGCAGAUUAAAAUU